AUGUACAAUAACAAGCUCACGAUGCGGAGCUGCAAGGCCGCGUCUAGACUAGAUGACAACUCCAUGUUCUUUCAGUUUGGUCCCUCCAUUGAGCAGCAGGCUUCUGUCAUUCUGAACAUCAUGGAGGAGUAUGACUGGUACAUCUUCUCCAUUGUCACAACGUACUACCCGGGUUACCAGGACUUUGUCACCAAGAUCCGCAGCACCAUCGAGAACAGCUUUGUGGGCUGGGAGUUGGAAGAAGUUCUUCUGCUCGACAUGUCGGUGGAUGAUGGAGAUUCAAAGAUCCAGAACCAGCUGAAGAAGCUCCAGAGCCCCGUCAUUCUUCUCUACUGCACAAAAGAGGAAGCCAACACCAUCUUUGAGGUGGCCCACUCAGUGGGGAUCACCGGCUAUGGCUACACUUGGAUUGUCCCGUCACUGGUGGCCGGAGACACUGUCGUGGUGCCGGCAGAGUUUCCCACAGGGCUGCUCUCCGUGUCCUAUGAUGAGUGGGACUAUGGCCUGGAGGCCCGUGUCCGCGACGGCGUGGCCAUCAUCACGAUGGCCACCUCCACCAUGAUGAUGGACCGCGGGCCCCACACCCUGUUGAAGUCCGAGUGCCACGGAGCUCCAGAGAAGAAGACACCCAUCUCAGGCAACCCCAACGAAGUGCUCAGGUACCUGAUGAAUGUGACGUUUGAGGGGCGUAAUCUGUCGUUCAGCGAGGAUGGAUACCAGAUGCACCCGAAGCUUGUCAUUAUUCUGCUCAACAAAGAGAGACAGUGGGACAGGGUGGGUAAAUGGGAGAACGGGUCCCUGUCCAUGAAGUACCACGUGUGGCCUCGCUAUGAGCUUUACGGGGGGCCCGCACACAGGGAGGACGACCACCUGUCCAUUGUGACAUUGGAGGAGGCUCCGUUUGUCAUCGUGGAAGACGUCGAUCCGCUUAGCGGGACCUGCAUGAGGAACACUGUGCCCUGUCGAAAACAGAUCAAAACACUUAAUCAGACCAAGGAUUCAGGGAUCUACAUCAAGCGCUGCUGUAAAGGCUUCUGCAUCGACAUCCUGAAGAAGAUUGCCAAGUCAGUCAAAUUUACGUACGACCUCUAUCUGGUCACUAAUGGAAAACAUGGCAAGAAAAUCAAUGGAUCCUGGAACGGCAUGGUGGGAGAGGUGGUGCUCAAAAAUGCCCACAUGGCUGUCGGAUCCUUGACCAUCAACGAGGAGAGGUCAGAAGUAAUUGAUUUCUCCGUCCCCUUCAUCGAGACAGGAAUUAGCGUCAUGGUCUCCCGCAGUAAUGGCACCGUUUCCCCUUCAGCCUUCCUAGAGCCCUUCAGUGCUGAUGUGUGGGUGAUGAUGUUCGUGAUGCUGCUGCUGGUGUCAGCAAUAGCUGUGUUUAUAUUCGAGUACUUCAGCCCUGUGGGCUACAACCGCUGUCUAGCUGACGGCAGAGAGCCACAUGGUCCAUCUUUCACCAUUGGUAAAGCCAUCUGGCUGUUGUGGGGUCUGGUCUUCAACAAUUCUGUACCAGUACAGAACCCCAAAGGCACCACCAGUAAAAUUAUGGUGUCAGUCUGGGCCUUCUUCGCUGUCAUUUUCCUGGCCUCCUACACUGCCAACCUGGCUGCCUUUAUGAUCCAGGAGGAAUAUGUGGAUCAGGUAUCUGGCCUCUCAGACAAAAAGUUCCAGAGUCCCAAUGACUUUUCCCCUCCAUUUCGUUUUGGCACGGUUCCCAACGGAAGCACUGAGAGAAAUAUUAGGAACAACUACCCAGAAAUGCACUCCUACAUGACAAAGUUCCAUCAGCGAAACGUCAACGAAGCUUUGCAGAGUCUGAAAGCUGGCAAAUUAGACGCCUUCAUCUAUGACGCGGCCGUGCUGAACUACAUGGCCGGCAGGGACGAGGGCUGCAAACUGGUGACCAUUGGCAGCGGCUACAUCUUCGCCACCACGGGGUACGGCAUCGCCAUCCAGAAGGAGUCGCUGUGGAAGAGACACGUGGACCUGGCCAUCCUGCAGCUUUUUGGAGAUGGUGAGAUGGAGGAGCUGGAAUCCCUGUGGCUGACGGGGAUCUGCCACCACGAGAAGAACGAGGUGAUGUCCAGCCAGCUGGACGUGGACAACAUGGCGGGGGUGUUCUACAUGCUGGGCGCCGCCAUGGCUCUGUCUCUCAUCACCUUCAUCUGCGAGCACUGGUUCUACUGGCAGCUGCGCUUCUGCUUCAUGGGCGUCUGCUCCGGACAGCCGGGCUUCGUCUUCUCAAUCAGCAGGGGCAUCUACAGCUGUAUACACGGGGUGCAGAUUGAGGAGAAGAGCAGCUCGGCAUUGAACUCCCCGUCGGGCACCAUGAACAACACACAUUCCAACAUAAUGCGCCUCCUCCGCACCGCCAAGAACAUGGCCUCCCUGUCGGGGGUGAACGGAUCCCCGCACAGCGCUCUGGACUUCAUCCGCCGCGAGUCCUCCGUCUACGACAUCUCUGAGCACCGGCGCAGCUUGGCGGGCCACUCCGACUGCAAACCUCCCUACCUGCCGGACGACAACAUGUUCAGCGACUACAUCAGCGAGGUGGAGAGGACGUUUGGCAACAUCCACCUCAAAGACAGCAAUUUGUACCAAGACCACUACCUACACCACCACGGCUCGACCCCGGGGCUGAGCGGCCCGUCUCCCAACAGGCCCCACAGUCUGGGCAGCGCCAGCUCCCUGGAGGGGGGGAUGUUUGACUGCGACAGCCUCGGUGGAGGGGUGGCCCCCAUCUUCACUACCCAGCCCUGCUCAGCCCUCACCCACAGAAACAUGAGCAAGUUCGACUUGCUGUCCGGGCAAACUCCUCCCUCAGGUCAAGGCUUCAAGGGAGGUCUGCCCGAUCUCUACGGGAAGUUCUCCUUCAAAGGCGGCGCCUCGAGUUCCACCUACAUCCCCGGACCCAGCUACUGCGGAGGCAGAGGAGAGGAGGACGGGAACAUACGCUCGGACGUCUCCGACAUCUCCACGCACACGGUGACCUACGGGAACCUGGAGGGGAACGCCAAGAAGCGCAAGCAGUACCGCGACAGCUUGAAAAAGAGGCCGGCCUCUGCGAAGUCCAGACGGGAGCUGGACGAGAUUGAGCUGGGCUACCGGAGGAAACCCUACCACAUCAGCCACCACCACUACCACGGCCACCGCUCCUCCCCCCCACCGCCUCUGCUCUCCGAGCGCAAGAGGGGCGGCGGGGGAGGAAACAGCAACGGAAACUCGUAUCUUUUCAGAGAAAAGGAGAGCGUUAGGGACUUUUACUUGGACCAGUUUCGGCCCAAAGAGGGCGUCCCUCAGUGGGAGCACGUGGACCUGACGGAGGGCCCGGGCAGCCGAGACGGAGGCGUGGCCACCUGCACCUCCUUGGUCCCGGUGGACGACUUUCUUAAGAGCAAACCCAAAAAAUCCGACGCCAAGGGUGGGGGAGGAUCCGGGCUGGCGGGCGGAGAGUGGGAGUGCAGGAACUGUCGGGCCAGCGGGGGCGGAGGGGGCAAGCAGAUGUCCAUCCACGGAGGCGGCGGCGGGUACGGCGGUGGUAUGGGCUGUGGGUCCUCGGCGGGCGGGGGCAACAGCCGGCCCAGCUCGGCCACCUGCAUGCGCUGCGAGGGUUGUAAAAAGACAGGAAACCUCUACGACAUCAGCGAGGACAACAACCACCUCUUGGAACAGAUGGGGGGAGGGAAAGGUGGGGGCGGAGUGGGCGGCAUGGGCGUGAGCUCGCAGUCCCAAUCUCAGGCCGGGCAGAGGAGGAAGAGCGGGGGGUUCGGCAAGCAGCUGAGGAGGCAGCACUCGUACGACGCGUUUGUCGACCUCCAGAAAGAAGAAACGGGCGGGAUGGGGAGUCUGAUGGGAGGGUUGGGGGGCGGCGGAGGGAUGGGCGGAGCGGGGAUGGGCGGAAUGCUGCCCCCGCCCAGAAGCGUCAGCUUGAAAGAGAAAGAACGCUACAUGGAAGGUAACAGCCCCUUCGCACACAUAUUCGAACGUCACGGGGGCUCAGAGAGGGAGAGGGAGAGAGACAGAGACCCGUUGUUCUACGGGGGGGAGAGCCGGAAACGCCCCGGCUCGCCUUUCGGCCUCUUCCGGGGGGGCGAGGGCCUGCACCGCCGCUCCAUCGGGGAGAGAGACAUGCGGGACAGGGACAGGUCGCUGAUGGAGGGGGGAGGCGGAGGAGCGUUCUCGUUAUCCAAAUCGCUUUACCCCGACCGGGUGAACCAAAACCCCUUUAUACCUACCUUCGGCGACGACCAGUGUCUGAUGCACGGAGCCAAACAGUAUUACAUGACAAAGCAACAGCAACAGCAGCAGCAACAAGUUGCCAAAAACAGCCGAAGUGACUUCAGGAGCCAGAUGAGCACCACGUCGUACCUGCCGGCGUCCGCCACCGCCGGGGUGGUGUCCAACGUGGCCCCCCGGUUCCCUAAAGAGCUCAGUCUGGGUGGAGUGAACCACCACGGUUCCCUGCUGGGGGUCGGCCCCCCGCGCCCUUUCAACGGAAGCAAUGGCCAUGUGUACGAAAAACUCUCGAGCAUCGAGUCCGACGUUUGA